AGAAACCCUAGCAGCCGCCUCAUUUUCCAUUCUUCACCAAACGAACAGAAACCCUAGUUUCCUUCUUCUCUCUGCCUCCUCUCUGGCGAUUAGCGAUCAGAUUGCUAGAUAAUCGCGAUCUGGCCGAUUUUUCAUCAUUUCCCCUCAUCAAAUCCUCCAUUCGACCAAUUGCAUGGCUCAAAGAGCAACCAUCCGACAAAGAUUUCGUCGGCCGUAGUCCAAAAAUGAGUCGUUGCCUCGUUGGAAGUCCGAAUCGCUGAUUCUUCGAGAAAAGAUAAGUUAUUUCUGGGUUUCUUAUCUUUUCUUUCAAGUAUCUUCCCUGAUUCCCCGUUCCCCUAACUCUCUACUGACUCUUCUUGUACUCGUAUAUAUAGGGAGGAUUCAGAGCGCAGAGGUCGUUUCUCACCACGCCAUCUUCUGAGUUUUGAAAUCGAGAACAAGAACACCCCAGUCGAGUCAACAGAGAGCAGAGACCGAGGGAUUUAGCCGAGCGCCCGAGCCUCCAGACAGAGUCCAGUCGUCGAGGGUUGGUCUCGUUUGGAAAUUUGGAUCGAGUUUACUGGUUUAGAGAACUGAAGCAGAGCAGAGUCAGUGAGCAGUGAGGAGCAGUCUACUGUCAUUGGGUACUCGACAGUCCACAUAAAACUCCAAUCCGAGAAGAUGGAAGGUGCUCCUGCUAUAAAUGUUGACCUUGCUCCCAAUGUGAAUGUCCCUGAAAAUGGUGUCCAAGUCCAACCUCAACCUGAACAACCUGUCCAACCUCAACCUGAACAACCUGGUAAUGUUGAGGAGCUUGAAGCUCAACGUAAGUUAACCUCUGAUGUGUGGCCUCACUUUAACCGAGUUAGGGUUAAUGGGGUUAUGAAGGCUAGGUGUAAGUACUGUCGUAAAUCCCUUGGUGAGGAAACAAGUAAUGGAACUUCACGCCUAAGAACCCAUAUCAAAACAUGUAUCCAAAAGAGGAUACAUGAUGGUUCUCAAAAAAUACUUGGGCAUAACUAUAUACCUGCUGGAAAUCCUCAACUCUCUGCUUCUCAGUACAAUUAUGAGGUUUCUAGGAAGGAACUUUGCUCAAUGAUUCUGGUCCAUGAGUACCCCCUUAGCCUUGUUGAUCAUGUGGGUUUCAAACGUUUUUGCUGUUCUCUUCAACCUCAGUUCAGUGUUCCUAGUAGAAACACUGUCAAAAAGGACAUUUUGAGUUUGUAUGGUGUUGAAAGGGGUAAAUAUCAGACCAUUAUUGAUGGUAACCUGGGGAGGGUUUCAAUUACAACUGAUUUGUGGACUGCCAGAAAUCAGAAAAGGGGUUAUAUGGCAGUAACUGGUCACUUCAUUGAUAACUCUUGGAAGCUCCGUAACAUAAUGAUGAGAUUUAUGUAUGUUCCAGCCCCUCACACCAGUGAAAGGCUUGCUGAUAGGUUGUUUGACUGUCUUUUGGAUUGGAACAUUGAUGGUAAGUUGUCCUCAAUCACAUUGGACAACUGUACCACCAAUGAUUCCAUGAUUUUCCACAUGAGAACUAAGCUUCUGAGCAGUGACUUGUUGCUUGAUGGUAAAUUGGUUCAUAUGAGGUGUUCUGCUCAUAUUCUGAAUUUGAUUGUAAGGGAUGGUUUGGAUGCAAUCAAGGAUGCUAUAAAUUUGAUUAGGGAGAGUGUAGUUUACUGGAAUUCUACACCUAAGAGGGUUCAAACCUUCUUCGAAGUUGCUAAGCAACUUAAGCUGUCUGUUGAGAAAAAAUUAGUCCUUGAUUGUCCAACUAGGUGGAAUUCCACCUAUCAUAUGCUCUCUGUUGCUAUUUCCUACAAGGAUGUUUUCUUUCGUUUGAGUUUGAGAGACAAUCAUUACACAUCAGUUCCUUCUAGUGAACAAUGGGAAUUU